GGAAAUCUGCUUCCCUCUGCUCUCCUCUGGAUAACUACCCGACCUGCAGCAGCCAAUCAGAUCCCUCCUGAGUGUGUUGACCAGGUGACAGAGGUACGAGGGUUCAAUGACCCACAGAAGGAGGAGUACUUCAGGAAGAGAUUCAGUGAUGAGGACCUGGCCAGCAGAAUCAUCUCACACAUAAAGACAUCAAGGAGCCUCCACAUCAUGUGCCACAUUCCAGUCUUCUGUUGGAUUUCUGCAACAGUCCUUGAACACAUGCUGAAACAUAAAAGAGAAGAGGUGCCCAAGACACUGACUGAGAUGUACACACACCUUGUGGUGUUUCAUACCAAACAGAAUAAUGAAAAGUAUCUUGGGAAAGAAGAGACAGGUCCACACGGGAGUAAAGUGAGCAUUCUGUCACUGGGAAAACUGGCUUUUCAGCAUCUUGUCAAGGGCAAUCUGAUUUUCUAUGAAGAAGACCUGAAAGUGGCUGGCAUUGAUGUCAAUGAAGCCUCAGUGUACUCAGGAUUGUGCACACAGCUCUUUAAAGAGGAAUGUGGGCUGUACCAGGAAAAGGUGUACUGCUUCGUGCAUCUGAGCAUUCAGGAGUUUCUGGCUGCUGUAUAUGUGUUCCUCUCAUUCAUCAACAACAAUGAGAAUCUAAUGGAUGAACCUCAAUCAACGUCCAGGAACUUUUCUGCGCUGUUCAGAAACAAGCCUGAAGUUACAGUCUUCACGAGUGCUGUGGAUAAAGCCUUACAAAGUGAGACAGGAAACCUGGACCUUUUCCUCCGCUUCCUUCUGGGCCUCUCACUGGAGUCCAAUCAGAAGCACUUACGAGGUCUAAUGACAAAGACAAGAAGCAGCUCACAGAGCCAUGAAGAAACAGUCAAGUACAUCAAGGAGAAGAUCAGAGAGAAUCCCUCUCCAGAGAGGUGCAUCAAUCUGUUCCACUGUCUGAAUGAACUGAAUGACCAUUCUCUAGUGGAGGAGGUCCAAAGCUACAUGAGCUCAGGAAAUCUCUCAGAAGCCAAACUGUCACCUGCACAGUGGUCAGCUCUGGUCUUUGUGUUGCUGACUUCAGAAAAGGAGCUGGAUGAGUUUGACCUGAAGAAAUACUCCAGAUCAGAGGAAGGUCUUCUGAGACUGCUGCCAGUGGUCAAAGCCUCCAGAGCUGCUCUGCUGUCAGGCUGUGGAGUCACAGAAGAAGGCUGUGCUUCUCUGGUCUCAGCUCUGGAGUCAAACCCCUCACACCUGAAAGAGCUGGAUCUGAGUAACAAUGACCUGAAGGAUUCAGGAGUGAAGCUGCUCUCUGCUGGACUGGGGAAUCCCCACUGUAAACUGGAGACUCUGAGGCUGUCACAAUGUCAAGUCACAGAGGAAGGCUGUGCUUCUCUGGUCUCAGCUCUGAGGUCAAACCCCUCACACCUGAGAGAGCUGGACCUGAGCUACAAUCACCCAGGAGACUCAGGAGUCAGACUGCUCUCUGCUGAACUGGAGGAUCCACACCGCAGACUGGAGAAACUUAAUGUGGAACAUGGUGGAGAGUACACAAUGAAACCUGGGCUUAGAAAAUAUGCCUGUGAUCUCACACUGGACCCAAACACAGUAAAUAGACUCCUCUCUCUGUCUGAGGAGAACAGAAAGGUGACACGGAGGAGAGAGAAGCAGCCGUAUCCUGAUCACCCAGAGAGAUUUGAGGACCGUGGACAGGUGCUGUGUAGAGAGGGUCUGACUGGGCGCUGUUACUGGGAGGUAGAGUGGAGUGGGAGUGGGGCUGUCAUAGGAGUGACAUAUAAAGGAAUCCGCAGGAGAGGAAGGGGUAAUGACCAUGGGCUUGGAUGGAAUGACAAGUCCUGGAGUCUGUUCUGCUCUGACAACAUUUACUAUGCCUGGCACAAUAAUGCUCACAUUACCUUAGACGUCCCCUCCUCCAGCUCCCACAGAGUAGGAGUGUAUCUGGACUGGCCAGCCGGCACUCUGUCCUUCUACAAAGUCUCCUCUGACACACUGACCCACCUGCACACAUUCCACACCACAUUCACUGAGCCCCUCUAUCCAGGGUUUAGGGUUUAUGACACCUCUUCAGUGUCCCUGUGUCAGGUGGUCCCUGUGUAAAACACAACAUGAUGUUUCACUCUAAUAGUCAUGUUCAGUAAGACACACUGGAACAACAAUGUAGAAUAUCUCUCUAGUGUGUAAACAUAUGAUAGUAAAUAUUCAUGAAUAAACACCAUUGAAGUUGUCAGAUAUUGUCAACUAGAGUCAUUUAUUAAUAGAAUGAAUCACCACACUGUGUUGUAAAACCUGGUUUCAUUUACAAAUCACUGAUCUUGUUGUUAUUGGGCUUCUUGGUGUUUGUAAAUAUUGUUGUCUGUAGAAUGUUUAUUUGUCAAAUUCUUGACACAACAAUCUUGUUUGUGUUUAAACUCAAUUCCACUGAAUGAAAUGUACAUGUGACAGAUGUGACUAAUAAAGGUUAAUCAACCAGAUGGAA